AACUACGUCACAAUGAGCCAUGUCAUAAUGGCAUCUAUUAUCUCGACUCUGUUCAUCUUAGCCUGGCUCUCAAGCCUUGGGUAUAGUCUAUUUGUGUGUCCCGAGGUCUGUCAUUGUUCAGAACCUGCUAGGAUAGUGGAUUGCUCUUCGUCAGGGCUAUCAUUUGUGCCUAAAGUGCAAGAUAAUACUUUGAGAUUAUACUUGGGCGACAACGAUAUUGCUAAUCUUACUUCUCUCUCCUUCUCAAAACUGCACAAGUUAACGUACCUGAUUAUAUCAAACAACAGGAUCAGCCACAUAACAGAGGAUACCUUUCAUGGGCUUACGUCAUUGAAAUAUCUGGUACUCGAUUCUAACAGAAUAACAACACUACCUAAAAGAUUACUCAGAUCUCAACACCAGUUGAGAACACUGUGAGCUUAUACUUCAUAUACA